AUGGCGAGAAGCGUUCGAAUGGAACGCCGGCGCGGAGUCCUCCAGUUCAAGGCCCGCAAGCUCUGGGCUGCAUGCUUGGGCGGAGUUUUGCUCCUCACGAGUGGACAAGUCGGAGCAGAGCAGCUGCAGGAUGGCCUUUCGAGGCGAGAUCUGCAGGAUGUCGAUUCCUCACCCGCUGCAGCAAACACUGCCAUAUGCAAACUGCACAACCCGAAAGUCGAAGCCCCAGUGACUAGCGAGUUGACACUGUCCGAGGAAAGGCUGACAGCUACUCUGGUAUGUUCAGGCCAAAACGUCGUCUUCGUACCAGCAAAUCUGGAGAACGUCUGCCAAAAACCGCCGAAUGGAAAAAGCAAGGAAUCGGAAGAUGUGUGCAAGAAAAACACGAAUGAUAAUGACUCAAAGUGCAAACUCCCCAUAUAUGUGCUGGCAAGGGCGUCAACUGUCGAGAACGUCGUCACUUGCGCCUACGGUAAAAAGAGCAAUAAAACCCCCGUGAAGGUGGAGAUAACACAGGAUCAGAACAGUCUGACAAUUCUAUGUGGACAGGAAGGCUCCAUCCAGCCCACCGAGUACGCAACCAAGUACUGCGAGGCCGACGGUCUGAAGGAUUGCAGCAAGUCUUACACUGAGAUUCUCCCUGCGUUCGAUGAAAAAUGGACACCAUUACAGGGGACGGACAACUCCGCGAAGUUGGCAAUCCCUGCUAGCGAGUUCCCUUCUGGGGACAAGUCAUUUUAUAUAGGCUGCACUCCCAGCGGAGGCAAACGUGAAGAGGGUAAGGAAAGGAGUGCAGGAAGCGCAGCCGCUGGAGGAUCCGACGCUGCUCCGACGACGUGCAAGGUGUUGGUGACCGUCAAGGCGGCGGGCUCGUCCUUGUCGGCUGGCGCAGGUGUUGCAAUGUCCGCUGCAACAUCUGGUGCUGCCUUGUUGACCGGGCUCGUUGCUGGCAGCUUGUGA